ACACCCAAACGAUUCAUCAUACAAAAACAGAAUCGUUGGCCCAACGUGCCAUAAAACCACGACCGGUUACUAAAUAUUUUUCAAAAUAAUUUUGAUCUUGUAGCGUUGGCGACUUGCAUUUUGACGGCUCUCACAGUCCUAACCUUAGUUUUUCCCAAAAUAAUUAAAUCUAAUUUAAAGUAGGAAUGACUUCGAUAGUGCGGGCCCUCCAACAGGAGGUCUUCCAGCCCAACGAGGAGCGCCUCAUCACCUGUUGCCACGUUGGCAAAUACUUGAAGAAAAAGAAAACGUCGUUUUUGUGUCUCGUCAGUACGACGAGCCCCCCGAUUAACAUAUCGAUAGUCCAGGUGAAGCAAACCGACAAACAGAGUCAUAAGAGGAAGCGCAGUUGGGCUCUCGCCGAGCUGAAGGGUGUUGACGGUCGGAAUGAGUCAAGCGAGACCCAGGAGUUUGAUCUUCAUUUUGAUAAAGUCUAUCGUUGGGUUGCUACUAACCCGAAAGAGAGACACUCGUUUAUCCACAACUUGUGGAAGCAGGCGGUCAAGCACAUCAUGAAGGAUAUGCCCACUUUUAAGAACGUGCCGCAGGCUUGGAUUACGGAAGACGCGAUGACUCCCGAGAAUAAGUUUGUUAGUUCGCCGCUGCUGGGCGAUACGGACCUGACUGAAGACUUUCAGGCCAUUACUGAUAAAGAGCAGGAGGACUUAAAGCGGUUGAUGUCGGGUUGCGAGUUCGCGAUCAGCAAUGCGGAGGCUUUUAUGGAAAUAUUGGCCCGCGAUUUGUCGCUUCUCGACGGCGAGAACGUGCAGUGCGUGUUGGCGUCCGAAGAACAGGUUGAAACACUGAUGGGGCAGCUUGAAGUUGCGAUAAAUGAAGCUGACAGGCUUGAAACCCAGUUGGAUUCCUACGACGAGAUUCUCUGCCAUGUCAGGGACACGAUGGAGAAGAUGGAGAAGAAAAAUUCACUGAUUUCGGUCGUUGAUAAAAACAACCAACUUUUGUUGCGAGAAUUGGAAAAUAUUGUUACACGGUUAGAUCUCCCGAAAAGGUAUCAAGACACUCUGGAAGACGCUGAUUUUACCACCCCUCAGGGGCUCAAAGCUGCAGUGGAGGCCGGAAAUGCCCUGAAAAUUGCGAUGAAUUCGGACAUCGAUAAAGCUUUGCUGCAAAUGACCGCCGUUCAGGAACAACGGCGCCGGUUUGAGAAGUACAAGGAAAAAUUUUCGCGCAGUAUUUGCCGCCAAUUGAACAACUUAUUCAUUCAUUACGGCAAUCAUAAAGGCGAGUCUGAUAAGACCGUUGAGGGCCUGAUUCUGCCUCAGCACAGCGGUGUUCACAAGGAGCUGACCUCUUACGUCGAAUUGAUGCAUUGGAUUAAGGUGAUGGACCGCAAAUCGUACGAGUCGCUGAAGACCGUCUACACAAACUCGCUUGGAAAGCUAUACGAAAGAGACCUCAAAAACCUGUUUGAGUUAGCUAAAGCCAAAGUGGCAGCCCCCGGCCUUGCGACGUCGCCCACAACUUUGAUUGGCUUAGAUCGGGACAUGUGGACGUUGGAAACGAACUCAAACGACAGAAAAAAUUACAAAGCGACUCUCGAACAAGUUUUGACCCAACUGGAGCCGGUUUGUCUCCAAGAACAACAAUUUUGCGUCAACUUCUUCCAGCUUGAUGUUCUGACUCAUGGUUCGAAAAACACGCUAACAACACUGGACGGUCCAGCUCCAGAAACGGAAAGCGUAGUUUCGCCGCGUAAAGCCGAGAAACAAAUAAACGAAGAUGUUCGAAACAUGAUGAGUAGCUUAUUUUCGUGUCUUAAAAGCGAGUUGGAUAGUUUAAUCGACCACAUAAAACGACAAGACAAUUUUUAUUGUAUGUAUGUUCUCGUGUGCUUGAACCAGCACGUCAUGUCGGCCCAAAGCUCAUUUUUAAGCAACACUUUUGCCUCGGAACUUAUUGAAGUGAAACGGUCGCUCGAUCAGUUCAUGCAAAUGCAAAUCGAUUCGGUUAAAGAAUGUCGGGUUGCUCGAAAAUCAAAGUGCGGGAUUUUACCCUACGUCUCGAACAUUGAAGAGUUUGCAAUCAACGCCGAUUGUUUGCUAAAAAGCGACCGAAGGGCCGAUUUGGAAAAAUGGUACACUCGGUUAGUUGACACAAUUCUGGAAUAUAUCUCGAUUCAUUCGAAUGAACAUCACAAAACGCCGCCACAAGUCAUCAAAAUGGAAAAUUACCACCACUUGUACUCACUUUUAUCGCAGCUGAAAAUAUCGGUGUUGGACGCGCAGCGAAAGGAAGCAAAACAGAAAUACAACGACGCUUUGCAAGCGUACGUUACUUUAUAUUUCGGACGGCCUUUGGAAAAGUUAAACACGUUUUUCGAAGGAGUCCAGGCAAGGGUUGCCAGUGGCGUAAAGGCCUCAGAAGUGAGUUAUCAGUUAGCGUUCAGCAAGCAAGAGUUGCGCAAAGUUAUAAAUCAGUAUCCUGGAAGUACGGUAAAGAAGGGACUUGAAGCACUUUAUAAAAAAGUCGAGAAGCAUUUGUCCGAAGAAGGCAACCUUCUCCAAGUAGUCUGGCGGGCAAUGCAAGAAGAGUUCAUCAGACAGUACAAAAUGCUCGAGGAUCUGAUCCAACAGUGUUAUCCCGGUUCUAUGAUCAGUUUAGAGUUUACGAUCGAGGAUAUUUUACACUUCUUUUCCGAUAUUGCUCGGUCGCAUUAAAUUAUGUAUUUAUUCUUUAAUAAAAUAUGUUACAAUC